AGGUCAAUUAUCAGUUUGUUCUUUGUUGUUUGGAACGAAAAAACAUUGCUUUCCAGUCUGUUGCUGUUCAUCAUGAAUAUGGUUAAAGCAGCUGCAGAUCAUUUUUCGCUGCGGGUACUAUUAGUGCGCGUUCACGUACAGCACCUGCCUAAUAUAUUUUGGUAAAAAAGUACGCAAACCUCCGACGUAAAAAAAUAAUGCCGACCGUGCUCGACGCGGUCUCUCCUGGAGUGACUGCGCCUUCGUCCGGCGCGGCGAAAGAUGGAGAUCCCGUUGCGCCGCUCGAGGACGCGACAGAGCAGCUGCUUGAAGAGGCCGCGGCGGCACCCGAGGACGUCGUUGAAGAGACAACCACGGACGACAUGAUGGAGCUCCUCGAUCUGCUGGCCGACGCGAAGCGGGGGCGGAAUCUGGAGGAGGUUGCGGGCGUUUUGGACCAGAUCGGGCGGCUCGCCUUCGCCAAGGAGGGCGAAAGAGAGGCGGUGUGCGACUUUGACGGAAUCACGGGGAUGUGCGAGGUCGUGCGGGAACCCCACAUGUACCUGGAUGAAGGGGAGCUGACGGCUGCCGAAGCGAAGUUCAUUGACGAGUUUACAAAGAAGAAGAACUUGAUUGCGGACGACGACGAAGAAGUCAAAACUGCAGCAGCUUCUGAACCGCUCAACGCCAUUCCGGAAGACACAACGGCCACAACGAAGCCAGUAAACCCGUCGAGUCUCGACGAGUACAAGGAGCCAGUGAGCUCGGAGCUGAUCCCGCACCUGACGCCGGAGUCCGCUUUUGACGUGAAGUACCGCAAGGCAAUGAUCGCCUUCUGUCAGAGCCUUAAGGGCGUCUGCCACCGCAGCAACCUGAAUCGCGGCGCACUACGGGACGAGGGCGCGGUCGAAGAAGUCGUCGGCUUCGUGGAAGCGACGUUCCACUGUCUCGCGAGUCCGACCGACGGAAAGCCGGUGUCGGGAGAAAGAAAGGAACUUCUGGAAAGGUGUAUCGCUGCCGGGUGCUGCGGCUUGAAGGCUCUGUGUCAAGGAAACGACGGGAACAAAAAAGUACUUUUUACCUUUUUUUAACGUUUUUGAAACGAUUACGAUGAAGAACCUCCACUGAUUACGUGGUUGGUGUUUCGUUUUCCGUUUUUUGCAUCGAUAUUAUUUAUCGACUUCCACUUCUAAGAAUUUCAUUUUCAACUACUUUCCUCUAUUUCACUCUGCAGGCCGUAGUUGCAAUAUGGACAUACCUAAUGAACUACAGCUUGCGGCACGGAUAGCCGGAAAAUUCAACGCUGAGGGUUUGGCGGCAACAGAUUGCUUGGAUCCGACUGUGCCAACUAUGGCAAAGACGACCGACAAGACAGGUGUGAAGAUGAGUUUUGUUCCGAAAAUUCGAAAUGUUCUUGUAUGUGUAUCUCAAUUCCAUUGCUAAUAUGCUUUUCGUUUUGAUACGCAUAAAGCAAAACAAAAACAAAAAAGCAGUCCGAAAAUCAAGAUUUUUACGAAUAUUCAAUUCCCACCAAACUCCGCAGGUAAGGCCAUCGACCUGCUCCUAGAAAUCCUGGAAUACCUCUCUGAAAGCGCGAAGGUGCAAACCCAGGGCAUCUGGGCGCUGCGGUCCAUUGUCACGGACGACGACAGCCGCGGCGGGGAGUCGAUGGUGCCGUCUGCCGUCGAAAACCGGGACUACGUGUGUGACCGCGAAAGGUUCCCGCGGGUGAGGGAAAUCAUCGUCCGCUCGUUUCGGAGCAUGAAACAGAGCAUCGACGACAACCUGGAAAAGGAAAAUCUCGGUGGUGAGCAGACAGCACAUAAUGCUACUUCCAGUAGCAGUUCUGCCGAACUGCCGGAGCAGCCGAAAAAAUCCCCCAUGUCUCCUGAUCAGUGGUACCGGCUGGAGGGAGUGUUGCUGCUGAUGAAGGAGGUCGGGUGCCACCAGGAGCGCAUCCACAAGUUCGUGUUCGAGGACAACGUGCUGCCCCUGAUCAAGGACACGCUGUCCUACGGGCACCAGAGCAUUGUGCGCGCGUGUCUGUUCGUGCUGCGUCAAUUCGCGUUUUCCGACCACAUGAAGGACCUGUUUACCAACACGGACGCGGAGAUCACGAAAACCGCCACUGAUCUAAUGAGAUCACAGAAAAACACUGAUCUAAAUGAGAGUCGAAUCACUGAUCAUGAAAAAAAAAGACCCUAGUGCCCUGGGGUCUCGAACAAUUGACGCCAUGCCCUGGCAUUGAAAGAAAGAAAGAAAGAAAGACCCUAGUUGAAUGCUGAUCAUCAAAUCAAAAAAAUCGUUUGAUGAUCAGCAUUACCACGAGCUAACAAAGGUGAUCAUCAAAUCAAAAAAGUCGUUUGAUGAUCAGCAUUCAACUAGGGUCUUUUUGUUUCAUGAUCAGUGAUUCGACUCUCAUUUAGAUCAGUGUUUUUCUGUAGUCUUCCGACACUCAUUUCCGACAACGCGUUUCUUUGAGAGAAAUGCAGCACGUUGUCGAAGAAGAUGAAGAAGCAACGCCUUGCUAUAGUAUGCUCUGCGCCAGUUCCUUGAAGGCCCGGAAGCCCUGGCUCCAGGCUGGGCCUGCAAAUUACAAGUGGGGCAGCCGCCCACAGUUAGGGCCCGAGGCCGGUGCAGGAACUGGCAGCCAGGCUCGAGGCGGUGCAGCGCUGUGGCUGCUUUGGGGGUUCUGCGCUCUUCUCAGGUGAGCCGGCUCCGCGGCUGCGCCGGGCGUGGCAUGCGCUUCGUCGCCGGGUGAAGUUUAUAUAUAUUUGGCGGCGCUGCUUUUCCUUUUCUUUGUUCUCUCUUGGCAGGCGCUAGGCCGGGGCCCUGCGUGAUGGCAUAGCGAGUGUCUAUCGCGGUCCGUGCCUGCGCCGACUAUGAGAGACUCGCCGCAGGAGCUGCCGCGGCCGUGCAGCAAGGUGCCUCGCCGUCUUCAUGUUGAAGCCGGGGCGCGAAAGUCGCGCCGCGUUCUUUCUCUUCACCAAACUGCGUCGUGCCGUCGGUGCAAAUUAAGAACCGACGGCAUGGCCUCCGUUGCUUGUUGCUAGUACGUAUCGGAGCCGCUUCUCCGCCGGCUCCGUGUAUUUGCUGCCCUUGGCGGCACGCAAAAGCCAGCCGUCAUCGGAUUGAAGUGUGUGAACCGGGCCCCCGGCCCGUCGAUGCCUUGACGCAUUCGCGGCAGGCGGGCAAGGUCGAGGCACAGAGCCGGGCCCGAACCAGGCGGGGGAUGGCAUUCCAAACGAACCGGCUCUACGCUAUGGCCCCGACCCUCUUCAAGCGCCGCGCCCCGGCCGAGGUAAGAGCGCUCGACGACCAAAACGCGUGGGCGCUCGUGGCCAGACGGGAAGAGUGGUUUCAUGCGUCCAGCAACCAUGAAAACUAACACUAAGCACCUGGGGCCCCCAAAGCGUCCGGCCAUUGUCGGCCUUUCCCAUCUCCGGCAUGCACUGCUCGCAUAAUGUGCGCAGUGAACACUGCCACACUCUGCGAAAAGCUGCGCCAUUUUUUCGGUCCGUUAAAAAACAAACCCGCUCCGCGAGGGUGUGCUGCGAUUUUUCUUUGGUAGAUGAUCACUGUCGGCGAUCACCAUUUCUCCUUCUAUACUGUUUACCAACACGGACGCGGAGAUCACGAAAACCGCCAUGUUGGUACUGCGGAAGUACUAUCAAAUGUAAAAAUGUCUGGGUCUGGAAAAAUGCAACUUGUCAUGCUAAAUCUGCAUCAUGUAAAAAUCUGUGUUGCGUGAUUACCAAAAGCUUUCCACUUUUGACCUAAUCGAGAGGCAGUUUCUCAUGCAGGAUAGGCAUGAUAGACCUAACGCAGAAUCUGUCAUGCUAUGUCCUACAUACCAGGCCUCAUGGGUCAUGGAAAACCUGCAUGACAAGUCUGUCACUCUUCCAGACCCAGACAUUUUUACAUUUGAUAAGUACACCAAGUGCACGGCGAUUGUGGAGCAGGCGUUCGGCCUGUUCAGUAACCUGACCUUGAGAAAACCGCAGAUCUGCGAAACGCUGAACGCGGACCCCAUGCGGAUCGCAGCGAUGGGACUGCUGGUGCUGGCGGAAUACCAGGUACUUCUUCUUGCGUUGUAAUACUAUCAAGGGUUGUUCAACGUUUGGACUUAGUAUUUCAGCAUGGUCGUCGUGUCUUCAGAUGCAUGUGGUAGAAUCGUUUCUGGGGAUGAAGAUUCCACCUAUGGGCGGUACCAGGUCGUUCUUGUGCUUGUGCACGAGCGUUGUGUAGCUUGUGCCGACAGAUGAAAAUCAUGUUGCAAAAAUCUACAGAACAACGCUUCUGUGGUGACCACCGUGCUGUUCACUUUGAGAAACGUCGCGAAGGCAGUGCCCGAGGCCGCGAAGGAGAUGGAGGACAGUGGGCUAUUUGAGCUGAUACGCAAAAUCUACUUUCAGCGGGAGGCCGACAUGCACCGGCAGUGGCUGGCGGCGAAGGACAUCGGGAAGCAGUUCUUGCGAGAGUUCCGGGAGGACACCGACGGCAUGCGAAGACCCAUUACGCACAACGAUUACUACUGAAGAAGAAGGAUAUUUUUUGAAGAAGCACCUGCAGUUUUUCAUCCAUACUUAGUGCCUUUGGGGUGUGUUUGUCCAGUUGGGGUGUGUUUGUGUGUGUAGGAAAAUCCUGUGCAAACAAGGCAGUUGUGAACAUUCGAUCGUGUUGACAUGAUUCUGUGAAAGUGAAGCAAGCAUACAUUAGUGAU